ACCGUUUAGGCCAUCUCUCCCCCGCUCCACCACUUGUUCACUCGGAUUCCCUCCUCCUCGUCCUCCUCCUCUUGCCGCUGCCCAAUCACCCACCUUCCUCCCUCUCUCCGCUUCUCUCCAACUAGAAUCCAAACACACCGCCAUCCUGAGAUACCCUAAUCGGAGCACCACGGCUCGGCGUUGCAACGAGAUUCGGAAAAUUUCCAUUUUUAGCUUCGAAUCGAACCCUUUUCGCCGUCAGAGUUCAAGAAUAGUUAAAAGGGAGUCUUUUUUUUCAAUCUCUAUAUGCCCCUAUUCUUUUCUCUGGGUUGGAAGAGAAGCAAAUGCUGUGGGGCGGAGCCAAGGGCGGGCUGGGUGACGGGAGAUGUCUGCCGCAGACAAUCGUGGCCGCCGGCGCCGUUCUUGCUGUCGUUGAUGGGGGCAUUGCAAUCGUGGCCUUCUUGCAGUUAUUGAGAAUUCACUUACAGAAUCAAGAACUUGGCUGGACUCGCCAAAAGAUUUUCCACCUCAUGAUUGGGUCGUCCAACUUAGGUUACUUGGCAUAUUUCAUAUUUACUCUUGUUGCUACUUGUGGGGGUUGGCUCUACUGGUCCGAUGGUUGUGGAUUUAUCUUGAUGGCUUGUCCUGAAAUUUUGUUUCUAGCUGCAUUUCUUCUGCUUUUGUCAUUUUGGGUUGACCUGUGCCAUCAGGCAAAUGAUGAAGAUGAAGAAGAUGAUGAAAGUAGUUAUAAUGAAGCUUUGUUGGAAAAGUCAGAGACUAAGUCAAGUUCAUUACACACAGAUGGUCAUAGGAGAUGUUGCUCUUUCCGGACUAUGCAUAUUGGAAACCAACAAAAGUUUGUGAUCUUGGUGAUUGUGCUGACUUUUGUUUUUAUGAUUGCAUAUGCUCUCCUAAUUUGGAUUGGUGGAGCCAAAAAUACUACUGAUUCUUCACUUGUGGCCAGGAUAUAUUUGGGCAUCUUUUCUGUCACUAUCCUUCUACCAGGUUGUGCUUUGGCAUGCUACGGACUACCGCUGUUCUCCAAAAUGAGCAAAAUAAGAUCUGAGAUGGCCUCAACUGAACUGUGGAAGGUUGCAAGUUUGGCAGCCCUCACUCUCGUGUGUUUCACAUUAUAUGCUGUACUAGCCCUUGCUACUAAUAUUCCUCUGCAGGUGCUGUCUUAUCGGCAUUCAGCAAAUUUGGACAGCACAAGCAGUUCAGUUCUAAUAUUUCUUUAUUACUUUAUAGGUUCAUCAGUGCCAUCAGGCUUCAUAUUGUGGGUCAUGAGAGAACUGCCUCCUCAUCUGGCAGCUCAUAGACCAGAAGAAUCGAGGGAGGUGACAUUUAUCAGGGAAAGUCUGAUAGAUACCCGUAAUCUUCAGUGGAGGACUGCUGUCACAUCAUCACAGAGUAAGGCUCUCAAAGCAAGCCCCAUAUAGCAACCUUGUCAGCUCAUAAUUCCUAGCUGAUUUAUGAGGGAACAGAGCAUUGCAACUGAAGCUGUGACUAGCUGAACCAACAGCACAAGGGUGGUGAUUGAGGCAUCGCACCAUGGUUCACUGCUUCUAUGGGGAUUAAUUGCAAUCAUAUGGAAAAGGACAGAUAAGCAUUCCACUUCUUAUAAAUAGGCAUGCAAAUAAUGAGACAGUCGAGCUGUAAUAUGUUGGCAGCUUCUGUGGGCAAGUUCUUGGUCAUAAUGCUUGUAAAUAACCAAGAUUUUUUUUUUUUUUUUUUUGGGGGGGGGGGGGGGGGGGCGUCAUUUUUACCAUGAGUUAACACUGUACUUGAUCAUACUCUUAUCUCCAAUUCUGCAUGUAAUCUGUUGUGCUAAUUACAGUAUCUUACUCUGUUGAAUAUGUGUUCAGUUCA